AGUGGGCACUCCCCUUCACCACCAAUCCACAAAGAAAUCUAUAAGACACCCUCUCGCAAUUGAAAGGAGUUCGAAGGAAAAGGCGAUGGACCGAUGUGGUUCCAAAGCUUGUCUCAAGUAGACGCAGAAUGGAUGCAGAGAUUUCAUCAGCUCUUGAGGCUAGCAGAGCAUAAGGGGACUGGGAGUAGAAUGUUGCAACUCUGUUGAAGUGUAAGCAAUACCUUGGAGAGGCACUGGAAAAAUAAACAAGGACCGUGGCAGGAAGAAAUACUGAAGGACCGUGGAAGGGAGAAAUGUUAAGGAGAUGGGCAAGAAGGGAAGCUGGUUCGCUGCACUCAAGAAGGCCUUCACCUCAAGCCCCAAGGACAAGCCCACAAAUGUGCAUAAGCUGGUAACGCAAUACCUGCCGCAGCACGGGCACGCGAGGGAGAAGAAGCGAUGGGGAGGCUUCGGGCGGGCGCGACCGCACGCGGAGCCGGCGGCGGGCGCGCUGAUGAACAUCCCGCUGUACCGCGAGCCGAGCAGCAUCGAGAAAAUCCUCGGCGACGCGGAGAUGGAGCAGCAGCAGCGCCAGUACUACGCCGCCACCAGGGCGCAGUACCAGGUCACGCCCGCCAGGCCCAUCACCACCGUCACCUCUGCUGCUGCUACGCUGCCGCCGCCGGUGACGGCGCAUGAGCGGGAACGGGAGCGCGGCGACGACAAGCCAACCGCCGUGGUGCUCCCGCUGCCUCCUCCGUCCCCGCCCCCGCUGAUCAGGAGGUUCGACCAUGACAGGGAGCAGCAGCAGCAGCGGAGCAGAGCCGAGACCGAGUGGCGCCAGCAGCCGAGGCGGCACCGCACGGCGAGGCAGCGCGCCGCGCCGCCGGACCGCGCGCGCGCCGCGGCCGUCGCGAUCCAGGCCGCGUUCCGGGGCUUCAUGGCGCGGCGGAACUACCGGUCGCUGCGCGGCCUGAUCCGGCUGCAGGGCGUGGUGCGGUGCGCGAGCGUGCGGCGGCAGACGGCGAAGGCGAUGCGGUGCAUGCAAACGCUGGUGCGCGUGCAGGCGCAGGUGCGUGCCAGCCGCGUGGAGGCCAUGGAGCGGCGCAACCGGCAGCACCACGGCGCCGUGCUCAGGGACGGCAGGUGGCGCGCCAGGUCCCAGGAUGGCAGCGUAUGGGACGACAGCCUGCUCACGCCGGCGGAGGCGGACGCCCGGACGAAGCGGAGAGUGGAGGCCGUGAUCAAGCGCGAGAGAGCCCUCGCCUACGCCUACUCGCAUCAGCUGUUGAAGGCGACACCGAUGGUAGCGCACGCGAUCCUGGCGGACCUGCAGGCGGGCCGAAGCCCCUGGUGGUGGACACCCAUGGAUCGCCGCCAUGAACCCGAGGCCUAUCGCCCUGUCGAGCCCAUCAAGCCUAGGCCUGUUCCAUCCAUGGUGCACCGCGAGAUGACAUCAGCAGUAACGACUCCGGCCCGGUCAAUGAUAUCGUCCUACUCCAAGGCUGGGCCCAUGAGGACCGUCAAGGGAGCCCCGCCGCCGUCGAGCCACGUGGGGAGCAUCCGCGACGACGAGAGCCUGACGAGCUGCCCAGCGUUCAGGGCCAUGCCCAACUACAUGACGCCCACAAUGUCGGCCUCCGCGAAGGCGAGGGCGCGGGCGCACUUGCAGCAGCUGCAGCAGAAGGCAGCACAGGAGAAGCCUAGGUUCUCGUUCGGGUUGGGCCAGAGCAUCGGGGGCUGGACCAAGAGCCCGUUCUGGAAGGGCGGCGACGAGCAGUCAUCGUCGCGGGUGGGCACGCCGGUGACGUCGAUGGCCGGCGGGCGGCACCGGUCGACACGGUCGAUCAGCAGCCUAAGCGUGGACUCCACAGUGUCCAUGCCGACCGGGCUCGGCAGGAGGCCUUUCAAGUAGCGCCGUGUCGGUUGCAUUAUUCUUCUUUCGAAGCAUUUGUGCUUGGGAUUCGGUGUAACAUUUCAUGGUUGUACGUGUAAUGUGAUUUGCUCGUGUGGUUUGAUGUGGGUUUGUAU